AUGCCUCUGCAUCCUGGCGACGUGCAAGAAGCGGAGAUUAGAAGGCUGCAAGAGGGCAAUGCCCAGCGGGAAAUAGAUGCCCAUGCCGAAGUAUUGCACAUCAUAGGCGAGCACGGUGGGCAUCGUUGCCCGGAUGGGGUAGGUGAUUUGACCAAGAAUCCAGUAGAUAUGAAGAAGGGCAAUCGCAGAAAACCACAGUGGCAGACCGCGGACUCGGAUCAUGGGGAUGUGACGAUUCCACCACAGGAAUACCGUACCGGCGAGUAA